AUGUGCAUGUAUCCAAACACCAUCGGAAGUAUGGAUGUGUUGCCAGUGAUAACAGUAGAGCCCAUAGCGUUUGUCUUCAUGUUUGCCACGUUUGGCGAAUACACGUGCGCUCAGGACCUGCUCUUCACCAACAAUUGUGUCCAUUAUUUCCAAUCAAAUCAAUGUCUUAUCGAUAAGAGUGAAGAAAGCGAUGCAUUGCUUGCGAUUGAGUCCCAAACCACUCAACAACUCAUGUAUUAUAACUCUAUACUCGCCAUCGCAUCCAUCUUCAGCUCAUUUAUCAGCGGAUCUUAUGGUGACUCUUGCGGCCGAUUAGUGCCGCUAUCGGUUCCACCGCUUCUCUCAUUCAUAGUUCAGUGUCUAUUCAUAAUAUCUUCGUUCAGAUUGAGUCCAGCCGUAGAUAUAUUGCCAUUAGUGCUCAUCUGUAGCCUAAUAUCUGGUCUAUCGGGCGGUUCGUCCAGUUUUUUGGCCAAUUGUUUCGGCUUUGUUUCCGACAAAAGCCGUCAAAAACAACGGACACAGCGUUUAGUCAUAUUAGAGGCGAAUGUCUUUUGUGGAGCUUUUCUCGGAUCAAUUACCACUGAUUUGUGUCAAAUGAGAGCCAAAGAGAAGGAAUGGUUCCCAGAAUUAGCGUCAAAACUUCACUUAUGGGACGGAAGUGUUGACGAGUUUAUUGUUUCUGUUUGUACGGAACCGACCACUCCUUUGGGACACAUCUUUUUCGGGGCCACUGGUCUGGCCCUAUGUCUCCUACCAUUGGCUCAAUACUAUCUAUUGCCCCAAAUAUGCGACACAAGUAUAGCAAUAAUUGGCAUUUUGUCGCGAACUCUGGGCUUAAUAUUGAUAGGUUUGGCGACCAAUUCUGGGCUAAUGUUCUCAUCGAUCAUAUUAUUGACAUUCUGUGAGUUCCCGUUACCCGCCAUUCGGUCUCUCCUCUCAAAACUGGUCGAUACGACCGAAAGGGGAAAAGUGUUUGCAUUUCUCACACUUUUCCAUAACUUGUGUUCACUUUCUGGCGGAAUACUAUUUCCACUCAUUUAUAAGAAUGCAAUCAAUAAUAAUCGAUAUUCUGGUCUCUGUUUCCAAAUCACUGCUGCCUUACAAGUGAUGGCAAUGUCUCUAUUCAUUUAUAUACGAUAUGAACUCAAAUCCGCGCAUUUCGUCCAAACAGCCAAUGAAUCGACUGAUCCUUCGGAGACAAACAGUAUCUUAGAUGAAGAUAAUGGCGGAGCAGAUAAUGAUAACACGACAGACACUUAAGCAUGUAAUCAAUAAAUAGUGAAACAAAGAGUGGUUUUCAAUUGUAAACUGUAUUUCAAUAUGAAAUUAGUUGAUAAUCUCAAUAACCUAUAAUUGGAUUCACAUAUAAAUAGUGAUCAAAUGUCAUCAAAUGGUAGUUUUGUUUUUGGAUCCAAGCGUUUCGGAAAGUGAUGUAAAGACAGA